CUCGACCGCCUGCUCCCCGAGAUCGAGCAGGAAAUGCUCUUCCGCUCGCCCGAGCUGGACCAGUUCGCCCGGGCCACGGUGGCUGCCAACAUGAAGCCGACGACCAAGUCGCCCAAGAGCAUGGCGACCUGCAAGGUGGCUGGCUGCGAGCGCCGCGUGCGCUCCAAGGGCUUCUGCAAGACCCACGGUGGCGGCCGCAAGUGCAGCAUCGAGGGCUGCAAGAAGUCGAGCCAGAACGGCGACUUCUGCAUCGGCCACGGCGGCGGCAAGAAGUGCAAGGAGGAGGGCUGCGCCAAGGCCGCGCAGUCGCACGGCCUGUGCAAGGCCCACGGCGGCGGCGCUCGCUGCAAGUUCCCCAACUGCAACAAGAGCUCGCAGGGCGGCGGUCUGUGCCGUGCCCACGGCGGCGGCAAGCGCUGCCAGGCCGCUGGAUGCCCCAAGGGCGCCCAGCGCGGCAACUUCUGUGCCACGCACGGCGGCUUCCGCAACUGCAAGAUCGAGGGCUGCGUGCGCACGGACCGUGGUGGAGGCUUUUGCGAGGUGCACCGUCGCGGUCGCCUCUGUAAGAUCGAGGGCUGCAAGAAGCUAUCGCGCAACCAGGGCAUGUGCACCAUGCAC